AUGCCUUCUCCCGACAUUUCCAAGCUACCAGUUACCUACCAGGAUGUCUCUUACAACAAGCGUGACUUGAUCCUAUACGCCAUCGGUAUCGGUGAAGACGACCUGAAAUUCACAUACGAGUUGAACAAGGAUUUCGCUGCAUUCCCAACGUACCCAAUCGUGCUUCCCUUCCGUGGACUCUCCAACGAUGUCAUUGAUUUCCUAAACCCCAAGGGUCCCAAAGGAGCUGGAAUCCCAGGCGUCAAACUCGAUUUGAGCAAAGUUCUUGACGGUGAACGAUACUUUGAAGUUAUCAACCCUAUUCCUCUUGAGGGAAAGUUCCAGUUCAGAAACAAGAUUACUGGCGUGUACGAUGUCGGUAAAGCCGCUGUUGUCCAAUCUGAAGGAACCAUGAUUGACGCUAGCGGCAAGGAAUACGUCAAGAUCGUAUCGUCCGCUUUCUACAGAGACGCUGGAGGAUUCGGUGGUGAGAAGCCACCCAAACCAUCCUCAGACGCUACUCCACCAGCCCGCGCUGCAGACAAGAGCAUCUCUCUGCCAACUCUGAAGCAACAGGCUGUUAUCUACCGCUUGUCUGGUGACUACAAUCCUUUACACAUUGACCCAGCCUUUGCCAAAAAAGUCGGUUUCCCAACCCCAAUCCUCCACGGUCUUGCCUCAUACGGCACUGCUGCUCGAGCCAUUCUGAGACUCUGGGGCGACAAUGAUGCGUCCCGUUUCAAGAGCUUCCGUGCUAGGUUCACGUCUCCAGUGCUCCCAGGAGAGACAUUGAAGGUUGACUCGUGGUUGGUUCGUGAGGAGGGUGGAUGUCAGAUUGUUUCGUUCACUGCUACCAUUGUUGAACGAGGUGUUCAAGCUAUGGGAGGUGGUGUCGCUUACAUUAAAAAGGCUGGAGCCAAGUUGUGA